AUGUCGGAGACAACCAUUGCUUUCCGUUGUAACAACUUUCUGCUGGUAGCAGCAGCUGGGCUGAACGCUUUUUAUUACAUCAAGAUCAUGGACACGGAAGACAAGUUGACGCAGUUGGACUCCCACAAGGUGGUGGCGUGCACAGGCGAAAACGGCCCACGGGUUAAUUUUGUGGAGUACAUCAAAUGCAAUAUGGCCUUGAAGAGGAUGCGGGAGCACGGCCGUGUCAUUAGAACUUCUGCAGCAGCUUCAUUUAUGCGUAAUACUCUUGCCGGUGCCCUGCGCAGUCGUGAUGGGGCUUAUCUUGUUAAUUGCCUUCUUGCCGGCUAUGACGUUUCAGCAUCUGCUGAUGACGACGUCGCCACGGGGCCGCAUUUGUACUACAUGGACUACCUCGGGACAAUGCAGGAGGUCCCGUAUGGAUGCCACGGGUACGGUGCCACCUUUGUGAUUGCGAUGCUUGAUCGUCUUUGGCGUCCUGAUUUAACGGCGCAGGAGGGUGUGGACUUGAUGCAAAAGUGCUGCGAUGAAGUAAAGAAGCGUGUGGUGAUCAGCAAUGACAAAUUUAUUUGCAAAGCCGUGACAGAGGAUGGCGUGGAAUUGGUACGAAGUGUGAACUAG